CAGCUAGCCUCGCUCUGGCCAAUGGUAACAAAAUUGGCCUACUAUCAACUCUAAAAAUGGUGUUUCGUAAUAUUGGCAGCGAGAGCAUCAAGUUAGCAAACUAAUUGUGUGUUUGGACGCUGUCUCUCUGCUCAGUGAAACACAGAGAUCAAAGGAGAGGAGAGAAACUAGCGCGACAGUAAAUGCUAAUGCUAGGUUAAACACUGAUGCUAAUAGGCACGUUCCCCUUAAUGCCAAACUAUUCCUUUAAGUGAAUCCUCUGUUUCUUUCGUAGCAAUUUUUGUACGUGUGUAGUCUAACUGAAUCCAGUCAUAUUAUUUUUGUAUGCUUAUGUCUUCAGUGAACAGACUGAAAUCCACCACCGAUGUAUGUCGUAAACAUGUUGACCACUGAGAACAGAUAAUAUCAGGUGUCUGGAUUAUAUGUUUUACUGGUGGAACAAUGUCUUUUAUUUUCCUGUUGUAUUUAUUGGUUAGAUUUGCAAUUGAACAUUUGUUGUUCUGUACUAGAUUGUUGAAAAUAACUUUGUUUUUACAGGAGCCUCAAGAGUUGAGUAAAGUAUAAAGAUUUAAUUUUCAUAACUACGUUGAUUCUGUUAUUGUCAUGUGAUAAUGUCUUAAAUAGAGCAAGCUGUGCCUAAAUGUGUUGAUCACAGGUGCGUGCUUGUCUGUGUUGUUGAUGUUUUGACUUUGGAUUUACCAGAAGCUGAAAGGCAUUGUGGGAGAUUUUAGGGCAUGCGAGAGUACACUCCACAGUCAGCCAAGUACACGCUAAUACCUUAACUGCACACCCACACAAACACACCCGGGGAGGGAGAGAGAGAGAGCGAGAGAGAGAGAGAGAGAGAGACACACAACAGCUUUAGAGAGGAUUUGCUCCGUAUUAACCCCGAGAGGGGACAGAGACAGCUGGAGUAUGACAGACGGACUCGACAGGAGCGUUUUGAACACACACAGACAACUUUUUAUGUUUUAUUCUGCACAAAACUACAGUGCAGGAUGAGUGCAGCAGUGGGAUUAAAGCGCGAGGCAGUGCAGGUUGAAGCAGGUGUCCUGGAAGCAACAGCCGAUGACUCCGCAGACACUACAAGUAAAGAGGAAUAACAAUAAAACAGUGCCGUGUGUGUUCUGCAGGAAGAUGUCGACCUGAGAAAAGUUUCACCACCGGAUGUUGCACGGAGCAGAAUGGGACACACUCAUGUGCCGCUCAUGUACACUUACACGCGCUCCCACGGGGAUAAACGCAGGUCCAGUCGACUGCAGCCCUCCAUGCCAAACUACAACCUGAACAAUGCGUUAGGCGCUAUCGGAGUCCUCGGUUUGGAACUGAUCGCAGACGAACUCAAACCACAUCUGAACACGGUGCUGACCAACAUUAAGGAGAGGAAGAAAGGUGCCGCUGAGCAGGUAGUGAUCAGUGGGAUCCUGCCAAUCCUGGCCCUGUCCCUGAGGAGCAGGGGGCCUCUCACUGUGCUGACCGCAAAACUGGUGGCUGAACUCGCCAAGGAAUCUGUGGUUCGUAAAGGUUUCGGCGACGCGGGUUUGGUUACGGCUCUGCUGUCCGUGCUGACCAGUCCAGACCAAGAACUGCUCCUUCACGCUGCAAGAGCCAUCUCACGCAUGUCUUAUGACAGCUCUAAGCUACAGGAACAGUUGCUACGUCGAGGUGCAGUGCCCCGUCUCGUUGCCAUCCUGCUCCGCUUCCCUGACAAGGAGGCCCUGGAGGAAGUGUGCCUUCAGGCCCUCUGUAACCUCAGUGGUAUGGGGGUGGCAGAGGAGGCCGGCAUGGUCUGGGAGAGGGGGACGUCUGUGAGGCCGGGGGAGUCCGUCUUUCAUGGCGUUUCGCCUCACACAUGUGGUUUUGCCUCCUCCGUGACUCUGGUGUGCGUGUCUCAAUGGGCGCCGGGUCAAUACGCGGUCAACAUCGAGGUCUUCCAGCGCUGCUCCUCCUCUCUCUGGAGCCUUCACGGGAACAAACGGCCGGCUCGUUGGUUCACGUUCUCCGGCUUGGGAAGCUGCUCAAAUCUGUACAAGGUGAUCAAGUUCUCUACGAAGAAUGUUUCUCGAACCAAAAGUCUGAAGACUCGCGUGUUCCACACUUUCCUCUGACAGCGUAAAUACUGCAGACUGACCUAAGUGGCACAUACAACCCUGAGGGGAUUACU